GUGAGUGAGGGAGUCUGUCAAUAGCAGAGUGUGUCAAAAGAGGCCUUGCAAACCUGCUGAUAAGUGGAUUUGUGUGUCUUUGUGAAUACGUGUGCUCUGAUAAAGGGGAUGAAAGCUCCCAUGACCCAGUAGAGACUACCACUGCAGAAGAUCUGCUAGAACUGGAGUCGAGGUGAACAGCUCAACGGGCUGUUUUUUCCUUGCAAAGGAAAACAAAUUGUUGUCACUUGUUUGAGCUUAUACUGAAGCUGAAGACCACUUGAAAACAGAGAUGAGAAGCUAAGCUGAGUAGAUCAUUCCAUAGUCAAACCGGCGUUACUGAUUCACCUGACUUUGUGACUCAAAAGAGCUGCUCUGAACUCUGAACUCCUCAACCAGCAGGCAUGGGCUAAGAAGCAUCAGCCAUGGUAGUAACACAUCUGGCUCUGGAGCUGCGUUUCCAGGGCAAAAAGCUGAGGGGCUUCACAUGCAGACUGACCCGCUCAGCCCACAGCUUCCUGCCAGAAGACUCAUGGAUCAUUGCAGCGCAGGUCCUGCUGCCGUACCUGGUAUCCGGCCUGGGCAUGGUGGCGGCCGGUAUAGUCAUGGAUGUGGUGCAACACUGGGAAGUGUUCAAAGAAAUCUCAGAGGUGUUUAUCUUGGUGCCAGCCCUGGUAGGGCUGAAGGGAAAUCUGGAGAUGACAUUGGCAUCCAGACUGUCAACAGCAGCUAACACAGGCCAGAUGGAUGAUGCCCAGCAGCAGUGGAGGAUGGUGUUUUGUAAUCUGGCUCUCAUUCAGGUUCAGGCCACGGUUGUGGGAUUCCUGGCAGCGAUUGCAGCAGCAGCUCUUGGUUGUCUGACCAGGGGGAGGAUGGAUGGUACCCAGGCUGCUAUCCUGUGCGCCAGCAGCGUCACCACUGCUUUCAUCGCCGCUCUCUCUCUGGGUCUGGUGGUGGUGGCAGUGAUAGUUGGCUCCAGGAAGAUGGGAAUCAAUCCUGAUAAUGUGGCCACACCCAUAGCUGCAAGCCUCGGAGACCUCAUCACUCUGUCUCUGCUCGCUGGUGUCAGCAGCGUCUUUUUCUGUUACAGAGACAUGUGGUACCUGCCUUCUGUGGUGUGUGUCUUCUUCCUCCUUCUCAUCCCGGUGUGGGUGGUCAUUGCCAGCCGCUCUCCAUCAGUCAGAGAGGUCCUGAGGUCAGGCUGGCAGCCGGUCAUUUUGGCCAUGUCGAUCAGCAGUAUUGGAGGUCUUAUUCUGGAUAACACUGUGAGCAGUCCAGACUUUGAAGGUAUGGCGGUGUUCACUCCAAUCAUCAACGGUGUAGGAGGAAAUCUUGUGGCCAUCCAGGCCAGCAGGAUGUCCACCAACCUGCAUUACUGGAGCGUUCCUGGAGCUCUUCCACUUAAAAUGAAUACACAUUGUCCCAGACCCUGUGAUACCUUCUGUUCCUCAGAUGUAAACUCCAAGUCAGCCCGAGUACUGGUCACCCUUGUAGUGCCAGGUCACCUACUCUUCCUGUACACAGUCCAGCUCCUGCAGGGAGGCCACACUGCCAUGACACCCAGCUUCAUUAUCUGCUACCUUUCUGCAGCUCUGCUUCAGGUGGUGAUUCUGCUCCACCUGGCCAGCCUGAUGGUGCGCUGGUUCUGGCGACGGGGUCUGGAUCCAGACAACUACUCCAUCCCUUACCUCACGGCUCUGGGUGACCUUCUGGGGACCGGCUUCUUGGCUCUGAGUUUCAGACUCAUUUUGAUGGUCGGGUCUAAAAGAACUGGAGCUUGACACGUGGUCUCUGAAUGUGGUCCUACCUGUAGGUGAACUGCUGAAACACACUGCUAAGCUUGUUCAGGUCAAGAUAAAAGAGUGAGGGUGAAAGAAGACAGGAGGGUUUAGUAACAUCUCUGUCGUGAGUAUGUGAUGGUGCAGUGAGGUUUUUGUCCAAUCACAAAAAUCUCAGUGCAGUUUUUCUAAAGAGUCUUGCUUCUGCGUAAAUAUAAUUAAAAAAAAAAAAAAAAACAUCAGAUUUUCACUCAAAAAAACAAUAAAGAAUAUCAAUUUAAUCCAAUUUAGCAAAGAAACACUGGACUUGAUCAGUAUUUAUUGAGGAAUAUGAUCUAAUGUUAAAAUAUUUAUGGGCAGGAUAUGAAAAUAAUGUGAUGAAACCACUAGAAACCUUGGUCUGACUUUCACAACUUAGGAGCUUUAUGAGCAAACAACGAGCUCAAAGUUGUGUCCCAGUUUCAAUCUGCUGCCCUUGUUGAUUGUCAUUUAUCGCACCUUUAGCCAUCCUUUGAUAGGACAACGCAUUUAAAAGUCUUCACAGUCUGUCCAAUGAAAGAAGUCACACACUCUAAUACUUCAUUGGAUCUCCUUUAGUUUUGAUUACAUUUCAUUCUGCUUUUAUUCUCUGUGGCGUCGUAUCGAUAAGCUUCUGCAAUGUCACAACAUUUAUUUCCAUCCAGUGUUGCCUCUGCUGUUAUUUAUAGAUGUGGCCAAUCUGAUGGACCUGACUGAUCCUGUAUACAGAACUGUUUCCAGACAACCAACACAACCGAUCAGUAUUUACUCUGGACAUCUGAACACCCCACAGCACAUAAACUAGCAGUAGUCAGAACACUUAAUGAAUGGGCCAGCAACAAAACAGAGGAAGGAAAUAAACAGGAGGAGGAAAAAUACACAUCUGACACACACAUGCAACUAAUACCUGACUUGGUUUGUAAUGAAGGACGAUAGGAAGUCAUUAACAAAAGAAACAGACCAAAAACAGCAGCCAAACCAAAAUCAAGGACAUAGUGACCAUGCCAUUUAUCAGAGGUAACAGAACCAGUACGAGUAAAUGGAAAAAAAUAAAAAAUAAACACAACAAUAAAACCAUACAUGAAAAUAAGACAGUUACACAUCCUGAGGACAAAAUAUGCAAUAUGCAAAAUAAUGUGCAAAGCAUGCAAUAAAACAUACGUGGGAGAAACAGGGAGGUCAUUUGACACAAAAAUAAACCAAAAACACCAAAAAGAGUGUGAAAAGGAGACAGCAGGACGGUUCACAAGAACUCAAAAAGAAAAAGCAGAACAAGAUCAAUUAAAUCAGACACACUGGAUUUUUUCAAAAGAAACAACCACAUCAUGGACCAGGACAACACUAAAAUCAUGGGAGCGGAGACAAACACAAAAAACAGAUGAAGGAGGCGACAGAGAUCAGAAAGCGGGACAAGGACACCAUCAGCCUCUCCUGCAACUUCCAUGCUCUCACACACCUGGAGCUCUCUCCUCCAGAGACCAUCAAGUGUUGGUGGCCAGCCUGCCGGGUCUCUCAGGUCCGUCAGGUUGGCUAAGUCUAUGAAUAACAGCUGAUAAAUGACACCUCACA